CCCCUAAAACCAACCAACGUCUAAUCUCCUGUGUCUUUCUCCUUAUCGCUUCCACCGCCCUUCUUUUAUUUGAUCUGGAACAAAUACUGAUCAAUUUCUUCCUCUUUUUUUCUUCCCUCGCCCUAGAUUCCGCUGUCGGUACAGCUCCUCUCAACCCUCUCCCCUCGUCGGCCUGUCUACUCUACCGAGCAACAGAUAACGGGAAUCCCGGGGAAAGAAUCAAAGAACCCCCCCCCGCCGCCAUCUACUCCGACACUGCCGCCAACCACCAUGGCCACUAUGAAUGCCACCCUCGCCGGGGCUUUCAGCCAUCCCGAUUCCUAUCUCAGCGUCUUCGAGGAAGUUUCCAAGUACAACGUCCAACUCAAUGUCCUCGAGCGGCUGUGGGCUGCCUGGUACCUAUGGAUGCAGAAUGACACGCUGGCGACCGGCAUCAUGAGCUUCGUCAUGCACGAAGUCGUCUACUUCGGUCGAUGCAUCCCUUACAUGGUCCUCGACUGCAUCCCCUACUUUAACAAGUACAAGAUCCAAAAUCAAAAAAUCCCCACCUGGAAAGAGCAGUGGGAAUGUGCUGCCUUGGUGUUCCUGAGCCACGUCACUGUCGAGCUGCCCCAGAUUUGGCUCUUCCAUCCCAUCGCGACCUACUUCGGCAUGGAGUUCAGCGUUCCCUUCCCCAAGGUCCAGACCAUGGCCCUGCAAAUCGCCGUCUUCUUCGUCAUGGAAGAUGCGUGGCAUUACUGGCUCCACCGUGCCCUACACUACGGCCCUCUCUACAAGAUGAUCCACAAGCUCCACCACACCUACUCGGCUCCCUUUGGCCUCGCUGCCGAGUACGCGUCGCCGAUAGAAACUAUGCUUCUGGCCCUAGGGACGAUUGGAGGCCCCAUCCUCUGGGUCACCGUCACUGGCGACCUCCACCUAUUCACCAUGUACGUGUGGAUUGUCGGCCGUCUCUUUCAGGCUAUCGAUUCCCACAGUGGAUACGACUUCCCGUGGAGCUUGCGACAUUUCUUCCCCUUCUGGGCCGGCGCAGCUCACCACGACAUUCACCACGAGAAGUUCAUCGGCAACUACGCAUCGAGCUUUACCUGGUGGGACUGGAUGCUCGAUACUGAGUCCGGGCCUGAGGCUGCUAAGCGUCGCCGCGAGCGGAAGCUGAAGAACCUCAAGGCCAAGAAGGCCGAGUAGAAAUUCCGGUUACUUCGGGUUGGAAACACCAACUAGGGCCUACAUUGGGCGGGCGGGUUGAAUAACAUCUCGCCGGUCCUGGCCAUUUGCUCCUAGUUAUCAGGAAUGCUGGUCACUGAGUAAGGAGAAAUUUGGCCGUCGUCUGAUCGCGCGGAUGCGCAUCUAGAGUGACGUGGGGGCAAUUUGUUGCGCUGAUCGUGGCGGUCAUUGGUGCCAUAGACGGUUGGGUAGGCCAGCUCGUACACACCAUAUAAUGUUGACGAAGAGAAGAAAACAAAUACCUAUCAUAGACUAAUAGCAAGCUCUGCAUCCGUCACUGGAGCCCGAGUAAUUCCACGAAUAGCAUUCAUGAUCACGUUUUUCCGCAGU